AUGAUUGCUGCACCCUCAUGGAGCUCUCACAGACGUUUGGAUUUUCGGCCGUCCGAUCGAGCUGACGUGGCGCGAUCUCGGCCGGCCGUUCCGUCCAGGGCGCGAGGCCCUCGCGCGAACCCACGUUUUAUCCAUGGGUCGCGAAAAGCCCGCCUGGCCCGGUCGUGCGAGGAGAAACGAGCGCCCCAGCCACACCCACGCCCGUGCCGCUUCGUUCUCCCUCUUCCUCGUGAGAGGCGGCGGCUGCUGCGCCUCCUCCCCCAAUCCCUCGCCCGGCGGCGCCGCUCCGCCUCCCUUGCCGCCCGCCGCUCCGCGCCCCCACUCCGCGCCCGUCCUCCGCGCCCGCCCUCGUCGCCCGCCGCCGCCUCCAGCCGCCGCCUCGCCAUCCUCCCCUUCCUCUCCCCUCGCGCCCGCAUCCCCGCCGCCGCACGCCUCUCUCCCUCUCCUUCUCUCCCCGCACCGCCGGUUGAGAGCGGGAGCGGCGCUGCCGCAAGUGGAACACGUCGCGAGCGCCGAGGAGAGGCGCCGCCGGUGGAGCCGCCGCAAGUAGAGCGCGGGGGAGAGGCACCGCCGGUGGAGUGCGUCGCGGGCGUGGGAGCGGCGCCGCCGGUGGAGCUCGUCGCGGGCGCGGGAGCGGCGACGCUGGUAGAGCGUGCUGCGAGCGCGUGGGGGUGGCAUGGGCCGCCAACGCGGGCAAGGGGUGGCGCAGUCGGCCUCCGCCGCCGCCCCUCUCCACCUCGUCGUGGUCCCAAGCUCUUCGUCCCAUGGCUAGAUGGAAGGUCUCAAGACCCAGGGAAGAAAACAUCGGCGUUCGGCGUGCUGUCUCCAGUAUCGGUUUUGCCCAUCAAGAGUAGGUUUGUUCUGCUGAUCAAGAGCGUGGUGAGCAAGGCAUUAAGGAUGCCAGCAAAUUGUCUCUGA